AUGGAAAGAGGAAACCAAACGGGAGUUAGAAACUUUCUCCUCCUGGGAUUCACAGAGGACUCUGAGCAGCACUUCCUCUUUGGACUACUCCUGCUCAUCCUCCUGGCUAUCAUCUCAGACCCCCAUCUACACAUGCCCAUGUACUUCUUCCUCUCCAACUUGUCCUUGGAUGACAUUGGCUUUACCUCCACCACCAUCCCAAAGACACUGGUGAAUAUUCACAUGCAGAGCAAAUGCAUCACCUUCUCAGGCUGCAUCGCACAGAUUUUUUUUUUCAUUGUGUUUGGGUGCCUGGACAAUUUACUCCUGAUAGUGAUGGCCUAUGACCGUUUUGUGGCCAUCUGUCACCCCCUGCAUUACAUGGUCAUCAUGAAGCCUUUUCUCUGUGGGAUGCUGGCCCUGGGGUCUUGGUUGAUCAGCCUCAUGGGUUCCCUUCCCGGGACUUUGACUGUGUUGAGGCUGUCCUUCUGUGCAAACAUGGAAAUCCCACACUUUUUCUGUGACCUUCCUGAAGUCCUGAAGCUCUCCUGUUCUGACACUCUCAUAAACAACAUUGUGGUAUAUUCUAUAACUGUAGUCCUAGGCAUUUUCCCUCUCAUUGGGAUUCUAUUUUCUUAUUCUCGGAUUUUCUCUUCCAUCCUGAGAAUUUCCUCUGGUGGAGGCAAGUACAAAGCCUUUUCUACUUGCGGGUCUCACCUGGUGGUGGUCCUCUUAUUCUAUAGCACUGGUCUUGGGGUCUACCUCAGCUCUGCAGCCACACCAUCUUCCAGAAUGAGUCUGAUUGCCUCAGUGAUGUACACAGUGGUCACUCCCAUGCUCAACCCCUUCAUCUACAGCCUGAGAAACAAGGACAUGAAGGGGGCCUUAGGGAGACUCUUCAGCAAGAUGUGCCUCUUGAGGGACCAUACCUGGAUGUCCAUGAGAAAUGAUUCCCAGGCUACUAAAAGCAGAUCCGCACACCUCCAUGCGAUGCAUUGA